AAGCGGAACGUCUAUGAAAACACGGGGUUGGAUCGAAACAGAGUGAAUUCCGAAAUUCUCCGACUUAGCCCGCUCGAACUUGGAAUUUGGAAAGGCUGGAGGAAUCUCACGUCAAGAGUGACCAUGACGUCAGGAUGAUAAAGUCUCGGGGUGACUGAGGCGGCAUUUCUCGUAUGAAUUAUACACGACCCCGCGAGCGAAAUUCGGCCGAUGUCUGGUGUUUGGGACUAUUUGGCGCGGUUUCACCCACAUCGGAGAGGGCUCGCUCUGCCGUGCGAAAUUCGGCUCCCGACCGAGAGUUCUGAGAUACAACUGAGUACAGCGGACAAUCAUGGCCCUCUACGUCGAUAAGUACAGACCGAAAGAUCUCGAGAAGUUGGACUAUCACAAGAAACAGGCUUCGUGGCUCAAAGGAUUGGUGAACGGUGGCGAUCUUCCCCACCUCCUGGUUUAUGGCCCCUCCGGUGCGGGUAAGAAGACGCGCAUCAUGGCAACACUGAAGGAAUUAUUCGGCAGCGGCGUAGAAAGGCUCCGUAUCGAGCAACAGGUUUUCACGACGCAGAGCAAGAAGAAGAUCGAAAUCCGCACGCUGUCGUCGAAUUAUCAUAUCGAGGUGAAUCCGUCCGAUGUUGGUAUCCAGGAUAGGGUGGUAAUUCAGGAGCUGUUGAAGAACAUCGCCCAAACCCAGAACGUCGCCGUCACAGCAGUCCAAGAUGACAAAGAGCGGAAGAAAGCUUUCAAAGUGGUCAUUCUGACAGAGGUUGACCGUUUAUCCCGGGACGCUCAACAUGCGCUCAGACGAACAAUGGAGAAGUACAUGCAGUCUUGUCGACUCAUUCUUGUUUGCAAUUCGACGACGAAAGUCAUUCCGGCUAUCCGGAGUCGAUGCUUAGGGAUCCGCGUGCCCGCCCCUAGUUCUUCAGAAAUCGUGGGAAUCUUGAACUACAUUGCUAAGAAGGAGAGCCUGAAUCUCCCGCAAGAGUUGGCCCAGAAGAUCGCCCAAAGUUCAACCGGUAAUCUGCGGAAGGCCAUUCUCAUGCUCGAAGCAUGUCGAGUGAAGCAGUAUCCUUUCUCGGCAGACCAGGAUGUGAUUCUGCCAGAUUGGGAAAUUUACAUCAGGGACACGGCGAAUGAGAUAAUCAAGGAGCAAACGCCACAAAAACUCUUCGACGUGCGGCAGCGAUUAUACGAGCUGCUGUCUCACCUCGUACCUCCACAAUUGAUCUUCGAGGAACUUCUCCAGCGUCUCUUGGAAAAGACCGAUGACUCUAUUAAGGGACGAAUAAUCGCAGAGGCCGCUCUUUACGAGCAUAGAAUGCAUUUAGGUUCGAAGCCCAUUUUUCAUCUCGAAGGUUUUGUUGCCAAAUACAUGGCGGUAUAUUGUGAAUAUCAGGAAGAAGCCGCUGCAAUGUUCGAUUGAGAGUCUCGCCAUGCUCUGGAAAAGCCUCCCGCCUGUCUGCCCCAGGAGAUGGCGGCUUCGCGACUCUCCGAUCGUAGGAUCCAUUGUCGAAUUAUGGAUUAGAAAUUCCGGAGAAUUCACGGCACCACUCGAAUACUCGAGAGAGAUUUUUAAUAAAGAGGGAAUGGGACUCUU